UUCUGGAAUGAAAUUAAUAUCUCUCCUAGUCCUCUUCUCUGACUUGUCCAAGUUUAAUGUUUCAAAGUUUGAAGAAAUCCACAAAAUAGAAACAAGAAUGAACUCGUCAAAAAUCAAACACACGUUUUUGCUUCUAUUUAUCUCUCCAGCACUUCAAAAAUCUUGUGCAGCAUUAGUUAUCUCCAAUCCAAUCCAAUCAAAUUCAAAGCAAAAUCUCUUCUCCAGUUGUUUUGAAGUUUUCUAGUAUGGUGCAACAAUCACUAAUAUACAGCUUUGUAGCGCGUGACACGGUGAUCCUGGCGGAGCAUACCGACUUCACCGGAAACUUCCCGGAAAUAGCAUUGCAGUGCCUGCAGAGACUCCCAUCAACCAACACAAAAUUCACUUACAACACAGAUGGUCAUACCUUCAACUACCUCGCCCAUGAUGGAUUCACUUACUGCGUUGUGGCAGUGGAGUCUUUUGAUCGCCAUAUUGCAAUGGCCUUUCUUGAUCGCAUCAAGGAAGAAUUUACCAAAAGAUAUGGUGGAGGAAAAGCUGCAACAGCAACCGAUAAAAGCUUAAACAAAGAAUUUGGACCUAAAUUGAAGGAGCAUAUGCAAUAUUGUGUGGAGCGUCCAGAAGAGGUUAGCAAACUUGUCAAAGUGAAAGCUCAGGUUUCUCAAGUCCAAGAUGUUAUGAUGCAAAAUAUUGAUCAGGUUCUUAAUCGUCAAGUGAAGAUUGAUGUUUUGAUGGACAAAACUGAAAACCUUCGCGAUCAGGCACAAGAUUUCAGGGGGCAGACAGGCCAAUUGAAGAUAAAGAUGUGGUUUCAGAACAUGAAGAUAAAACUAAUAAUUCUUGCCAUCAUAAUUGUCAUCAUUCUUAUAAUUGUUCUUGUUGUUACAUAAUUCAAAUGGCACAUGUUACUUAGGUUGUUAUUAUUUUGUAAUGUAAAGCUUCUGAUUAGUUAGGAUGUAUAUGGGAUAAUGUAUUGUAUCAGCAAUAUGUGGUGUAUAUAAGUCUUAUUGAAAAGAUGCAUAUGUCUGCAUUGAAUGAGAUUUAUUUGGCUUUCUUAAUCCUUCAAUAACAUCAGUACUGCACCACGUGCUGAAGCAGUUCUUUUCUUUCUUAUUUUUCAUCCCUUUUCUCUUUUGAUGUAAAUAUAUAUAUACUCUUGAUCAUUAUCAAUAAAAUUCAGAUUGAUUUUCUUCAA